UAUUGUAUCUUAGUCAGAACAAUCAACUCAUGGUUCUCAGUGGCAAUGGCACAUUAUGAAACUUGUGCGGUACAUGGACGCCCCUCAAAUUUCAAUAAUGAAGAAUUUCAGUCGAUUUAGAGAUCUUUUGUAAUGGAAAAACUACGCAGAGUUGAUCCCUAAAUAGUCAGCCCUCCAGGAAUUAUGGUAGAUUGUCCGAUUGCAGUCAUCACUCUUGGAGUAUCCUUUAGCUGUCAGGGAAUAGGCGCAACCCGAUUAUCUUGGAGAUAUGGGCGUCCCCUGUAUUUGUGAAAACCAGGAAGGAUUCGAGCAAUGAGAAAACGCCACAUACUUCAUUCGCCUCGUGCAAGGUAGUCAGGUAGAUCGGGGAGUUCCAAUGAGCAUUCGUCCUCCAAAUGCGCCCGCGUUAAUUGAGAUCGUUGCAUCAGCUUGUCAACAUACAUAGUUCUCAAGGUGAAUAUUUCUCGCGGAAUUGUCGGUGCUGAAGUUUUUGUGUUUUAGCCCUGUGUUUUCGAAGGAUUUCGGCUCAUUCGACAAGGAGUAAGUUCCAAAAUGAUGAAAACUGCAGUCUCGGCGCUUCAGGAAUACCUGCAAAAGAAUCAUGCAUCUGUUCCCAACUAUACUGUAAUAGAUCAAGGGAACGCUACCACUUUCACGAUCAGGUGCGAAUGCUUGGGUCUGUCAGCUGAUGGAGAGGCUUCCAACAAAAAAACUGCCAAGCAUCGGGCAGCUGGAAACAUAAUCAAACUCAUCGGAAAGAAACACAAUAGGAAGAUUUAUUAUGACGAUACAGAGGACUCUGAUAAAAACUCUCCAUCUCCGAGGAGCAACAUUACAACCGAGGCAAUUAGUCCAUCUCCUGUUUCGACCACCGAUGGCAUCAAUCAUAUUGGACAAUUGAACGAAUGGUGUGCGAGCAGAAGAAUCCGUGCACCGAUGUACUCCGACGUUGGAUGCAGUGGUCCUUGUCAUUCAAGGCUCUUCACCAUAGAAUGCAAAAUUGGAAAUCAGAGUGUCAGCAAAACAGCUUCUACUAAAAAGGCGGCUAAGCAGGAAGCCGCGUCUGCAAUGCGCAAUCUCUUGAAAAUCAAUCUUAAAACAGACCUUGGACCAGACCUUGACGUAGACACGAAUCAUCAGGACUUUCCAGCACUCAGUGAAUUAAUUAUAGAUGUCAAUGCUAUACGUAUCGAGGAGCAUCCAAAGCUGGCCAGUGCCACCGAAAAAGCAAAGACCUUUUAUCCAACACUGACAAAACUUGGCAAAGACGUCAACGACACGAACAUCUCCAUCGCUGAUUAUCAUCUAGCUUUCAAGGCAUCCUUUGACCCUCAAAUCAUCACGUCCUUCUUCGCCUACUACAACUCCUUGGAGAUGACUGAGUUGUCCACGAAAUCCUGUCUUGGAGUCGUUUUCCAGCGAAUGGUUGAUAUCCUGGGGGUAACCUUUGAGACCCGAUGUCUGAAGGUCAUCCAAACUCGUGUGUACGUUGUGGUUUAUAAACUCAAGUUCAGCAUUGUGUUCGCUGAGGUGGGAAUCGGGGAUAGUUCUGAGAAUGCUCAUGUCGAUGCUCUCCGUCGUCUCAUUGGAGCUAUGUACGCGUUGCUUGCCUAAUAUAGGAUAUGUAGUCAAGGCUAUUUAUGACUGCCUUCAUCACCAGUGGAUGGUGAAGCCAUUCAUUUGUGAUUGAGGAAGUCAUUGAUGGCCUCGGCUCCAUCAUCCACACAAAAAUGGAGAGUUAACUUGUAAAAGAAUAAAAUUAAAUAAUUAUAUGUUUGUUAAGAAACAGGCUCCUACUGGGCAUGAAAAUUGAAAAAAAAAACGAUUAUCGAAAUUCGAUACCUGAAGGAAAGCUUAUACGAGAACAGAAGAAUUGGUUGAACAAUAUCUGUUGUUCAGCCGGAGAUGUUUAUUGAAUUGUUAAUUGAUAGACCGUUUCUAUUAGCUGGAAUCUAGGAAAUUGAAAAUUCGUGAGCGAUUGCCAAUUAUACGUUAUUCUAUUAUCGUCAUUGUCUAACAAUACUGGUCUAUCAUAUAUGAACGUAUUUAUCCCGUUGCUUCGUAUGAAUCGUAGUUAUAGUAAAAAAAAUAUUGCUGUGGGACGCGAAUGAGUUCCAGUUUUAUCGUGUCACUCAGUUUGUCUUGAUUCUAUAUUGACGUGAGACACGCUUCCAAAUGAUAUAUUAUUACGUUUGUAAUAUGUAUAAAUAUUUUGUGAACAUUGUUAAUAAAUCAAUUUUUUUUGUA